GCAAGCUCUGUCCAGAAGGCACUGGAAGCUGGCCAGUCAGUUUGACUUGCUAGAAAUAGAAGUCACAUUGGCAUUUGACAUAAUUUUCACAAAGACACAUUUUCUAAACUAUGACACAUAGCAGUUUUUCAUUCUCUUUUCCAGCACGGCGGUCACUGCGUUUAGAAGAGGAACUUAUUGAGCGACACAAGUACAAGAAAAACCUGGCCUUUCAGCAAAUAAAGUCAUAUACUUUAAAAAAAGAACUAAGUCGAAGUAUGAUGAACUUGAUGCAGCCAGUUAUGUGCCAGGACUUUCUGGUACAGAAUGCAAUUUAUUGCGGUGAUCUGGAGGCCAUAAAGCAGCUCCUCCCAAAGGGAUCGAACACCAAUCUAAUCAUUGAGUCUCGGGGCGAAGAACUGCGCUGGGAGAGCAAGAAGUUUGGGCUUUGGUCUCUGACUUAUGAACAGGAGUUGACAACUCCACUUCAUAUCACCGCAGGUAGAGGUUAUGUGGACUGUUUAAAGUAUCUGCUAAUGAGAGGAUCAGAUGUAGAGCUAGCUCCAGGUGGCAAAACUGCUCUUCAUGAAGCAUGCUUAAAUGCAAGAGAAGAAUGUGCCAAGCUGCUCCUAAUGUAUGGUGCCAACCCCAAUGCUGUGACAGAAGAUGGAUACACACCUCUUCACCUUUGUACCAAACCAGAGUCUCUUCAAUGUUCAACUCUGCUUCUUCAAUUUGGUGCUGCUGUGAAUGGCUCCUGCUUACAAGAUGAUGAAACUCCAUUACAUGUAGCUGCAAGCUGUGGUCUUGAGGAGCAUGUGGAUCUCUACCUGAGAAAUGGUGCCAGCAUUGAGAAGCAGAAUGAUGAAGGUCAAACCCCUCUCCACUCAGCCUGCUCUGAGCCCCAUGGAACACAGGACAUGCAACGUUAUUUUAAUAUAUGCCAGAAGCUAGUCAGUGCAGGGGCCAGCAUUUUUACUGCUAAUCAAGAUAUGCAGACUCCAUUGCACAUGGCCUGCAAGACUGUGAACCCACACAUUGUUGACCUAUUAUUACAGCAUGGUGCUCUAGUAAACAAAAUGAGCUACGGCAGUGAGACACCACUGCACAUUAUUCUUAAGCUAGCCUGCUUUAACCUGGACCAUUGCCCAGAACAUAUUGUUCGUUCACUGGUCAACUAUGGUGCCAUUCGUGUCUGGCCCGGAGCACUGCCUAAGGUACUGCACCACUGUUGUCAGUCUCCAAGAAUUAUUGAAGUGUUGAUUAAUACUUAUGAUCAUGUCAAAAUAACAGACACAUGGAUAGAGGCUGUUGUUCCAGAAAUUUUGCAGAAACAUCAAGGUUUCUAUGACUCCCUCUUCGAUUUAGCCAACAAGCCACGAUCACUCCAGCAUUUGGUUAGAUGUAAAUUAAGAGUGCUCUUGGAAGGUCAAAUCCCUUUGGCAGUUCCUAAACUUGGUUUGCCUACCUACCUGCAAAAUUACCUGCUUCUUACAUUUCAGGACUAUGUCCACUGACAGUCUUCAAAACAAAGAAGAAAACACCACUCAAAUUUUUCAUUCAGACCUAAACAGAAAAAUGUAUGUGUAUGUAUUUGAUUUUGCACAUGUGCCUGGACACAGAUGUUGUUUUCUAUUGUCUCAAUAUUUAUUUUUUGAGUGUAUAAACAUAUUUUAUAAUAGUUACUGUUACACGUCUCACACGUGCUAAAUUAUGUUCAUCUUGUUCACAAAAAAUGCCACUGAAUGUUUAUUAUUAAUCAUCCAUCCAUCCAUUUUCCAACCCGCUGAAUCCGAACACAGGGUCACGGGGGUCUGCUGGAGCCAAUCCCAGCCAACACAGGGCACAAGGCAGGAACUAAUCCCGGGCAGGGUGCCAACCCACCGCAGGACACACACAAACACACCCACACACCAAGCACACACUAGGGCCAAUUUAGAAUCGCCAAUCCACCUAACCUGCAUGUCUUUGGACUGCGGGAGGAAACCGGAGCGCCCGGAGGAAACCCACGCAGACACGGGGAGAACAUGCAAACUCCACGCAGGGAGGACCCGGGAAGCGAACCCAGGUCCCCAGGUCUCUCAACUGCGAGGCAGCAGCGCUACCCACUGCGCCACCGUGCCGCCCAUUAUUAAUCAUUAAUUCAAAAAUUAUUUUUGGUACUUGAAACCUAAUACUUGGUUAUCCAUAUACUGCAUUUGAUCUAAUUAAUUAUUUGUUUUGCUGCUCUUUGCUGUACACCUAAUAAAAUUUCACUCUGUUUUAAUGCAGAUGGUUUUGCUUUUGAAAAUAGAUGACAAAAAAUCAGAAAUUAAUUUUUGAAAAAAUAAAUAUUUUCUCUUUGUUCAAUACUAAUCAUAAUAUCACAUUCCCAAACAUAAAUAAUGCACUUCAGGGUUAUGAGGUUUUACCAGUAAAACAUUAAUUCAAUAAAGAAAAAAUGUGUUUUGGUACACCAUAUUUUGCCAAUAUAGGUGGUAUGUAAUACUAAAUAUGGCUUGAUAAAUCAGGACGGAUAGAUUAUUUCUUAGCUAUUAGAAUACAGGCCUUUUCAUUACAAACUUGUACUGUACCAUAUUGGUUUGGUACUAUUUAUCAGACAUAUGCCAAUUAAUUUCAGAUAGCCAAAGAAAGGAAACAAUUCCAGCAGGGAGGUCAUGUUGAAGGAUGGUCAUGAAGAUGAAAAGAGAACUACUUCAGAAGUUGUGAUAGGCAUAAAAGUACAUUAGAGGUUACUAACUUAAUUAAAACAUUGUUUGAUUUCAAUAAAAAGGCACCUUUUUUCCCCAACACCAGUGGCCCAGACUAUAAAUAAAGAAGCAGGUCAGAGUCCUAAUAGUUUUAUGUCAUUGUUUGCAUUGGAAAGUCCAAUAUGAAAUUCCAUUUUUGAAGACACUGUGCCUAUCUUUGUACAUUUUUAUGCAUAUACUGCAUGGUGUUUUAUGUUUUGAUUAAAAUGUCUUUUUUUCUAAAUUUAAAAUGGUUUGAGCAGGUUUAAUGUGAAUUGCAUAAUGCAAGAAUAAAAUGUUGAAAA